GAUUGUAGUUUUAUUAAGUUUAAUAUUACUUUCUGUUGCAUCUAGCUAUUGAAUUAUGUCUUGGAAUUGCUAACAUAAUAAUUUCAUAGUUUAAUAACUCAAAUAAACAUUAACUUGUACAUUUUAGGAUGUCGAGAUCUCAACUUUGAAUUAUUUACCGCUCAAAACGCAGUAGUCAAAGUCGAUGAUAAACACUUCUGCUUCGACUGCAAAUACAACCGGAAUUAAGAAACGAACCCGAAGAAAAAAGCUGGCUUUAAACAAAGAAAUAAUAAAAUUAGAAUUCAUGCUAAUGUUUAUUGGUAUUUUAUGUAUUUUAAAUUUUACUUUAUCUUAUUUUUGUGAAUUUAGUUUGGUUACUCGUGUAAAAAGUUCAUAAAAGCAGCUAAUGACUUGUUAAAGCAGUAAUUAGGUUUUUUUGCGAUUGGACAUCAUCUAAGAAGUAGUUUGGAAUCAAUGUUUUACCUGUAAAGUAUAUUAAAUACAUGAAAAUAAAUAAAAUGGACAGAUAGUGAAAAUUCAAGUGGGAUUUUCGUUUUAAUUCCUCGUUCCGGGAUUUCCCAUUUUAUAAUUACUACAACACAACAGUAAACAUGGCGUCUUCAUUUGGAGAUUCUUCACUUUUUGAAGAAUUUGAAAGAGACAGGUCUUCUGCAUCGACAUUUAUAUCAUACAACCAAAAUGAAUACGGCUCCGAAGAUCGGAGUAAAAUCAUAUUUCGUUUUGAAGAAUCAGAUUCCAGUUCAUCUUCUGAGUUAGAUUCUAAAUCCUCCGGAGAAGCCGCCGAAGUUUCAGAUGAUAGCGAAGAGGAAGACAGCGAAGACAAAGACAGCAAUGAUCAAACAAAUGAGGAUGGAGAUGAUAUUAUUACAGAUAAACGGACCGAGGAUGUUGCCGCAGAAGGAAAAAGCGAGAAGCAGAGUAAAAAACGAAAGAAAAGGAAUGGAGAGAUGCUCGUUGGUAUGAUGAAACACACCAAUCACCAGCUACAGUUUGAACGUGAUAAACUGAGAAAGUUUGCUAAGAAGAUUGACUCCACCAGGUGUGUUCCAGAUGAAGAGUCUCCAGGUCUUCAAAUUAUAUACCAGAAUAAUGCAUUUUCUCGCAAAUAUCGCUCUGAAAUUGAGGACUUCAUCAACCAUUUGAUAUUCAGACAUCAGAGAGAAAGAUAUGAAAAGUUACCAGAUUUAAAUUUGAAAGCCUCCUCACUGACUUGUGUUGACUUAAAUGAUGAGUUAGAUUCGGAACAGAGGGGCCAUAACAUGUGGUGUAACCAUGCGAUCAUUGGCACCAGUCAGUUCUACAAUAACUUUAUGAUUGAUACAUCAGGUUGGCCUUUAGUGAAUUUUGAACCCUCUUUGACUGACAGUUGGGAAAUACCAAAAUAUGAACAAGUCUUCUUCGAAGCUCUUCCCAUUGACCUGGAAGAGGGUGAUGUACCCAAAGAGAGUAAACCAGAAAGGAGGAAGCCACAGUGUUUCAACUGUGGCGGAGCCCAUAUGAUCAGAGAUUGUAAAGAGAAGAGAGAUGCAGCUCGUAUCCAGAUGAAUCGCCAGAACUUUAUGCAAAAUAGCCAGAGUAAUAACCCCAAAACUUCUCGCUACCAUGCUGAAACUGAUCCACGGUUUUCUUCCUUUAAACCUGGUUAUUUAAGUGACAGUUUACGAGAAGCUAUGAGACUAGGCCCCAGCACAGUACCCAUUCAUAUAUACAGAAUGAGGUUCUAUGGAUACCCUCCAGGCUGGCUACAGGAAGCCAAGACAAAGACUGCCUCAGGAAUGUCUUUAUUUGAUAAACAUGGCAAACAGGUUGGUGUUGCUGGUGACACUCUUGAAGAUGGUGAAGUUGAGCAGACAACAACUGGAGAUGAUGAGAUUGACCCAAAUCUAAUUAUUGAAUACCCAGGUUUCACUGUUCCUCUUCCUGAAGGCUUUCGAGAUGAACACUACAAGUAUAACUUACCUCCCAUCCAAGAACAUCAGUUGAAAACAGUAUUGCAUUCCAGCCAACAGGAUGAUGCUAAAAAACGGAAACAUGGCACAGGUAAAGAUGGAAAUCCUAAACGACAUCGGUCAUUUGACACCAGUUCUGACAUGGAUAUUGAUACUGAAGAGAGUUUCCCUUACUAUGAAGACCUGGGAACAUGUCGCUUAACGGAGACCAACUGUUUCAUACCACCUCUACCAUCUGAUACUCCACCAUCGAAACCACCACUUCCUUCUGACACACCUCCAUCCUCCAGUUCAGAUUCGAAAUAUUCUCCUAAGAAUCAGCCCUCACGGCAGAGCCCGGUUACAGAGGUUACCUCUAAAAGAAAGCCUCUCUGUCUACCAAAACCCAAAUCUGAUGCUGCUCUCAGUUCAGAUUCCUUGGAAGAUCUUGAAGCACAGUAUCGAUGUCUUCAGAAACAACUUCAGGAAGAAGACUCAGACAGUCAGCCAAGUUCUGAGAGUCAGAUAAAAGCAUCAGAAUCUAAUUCCAUUGUUUUAUCAAGUGACGAGAGCAGUAACAGUCAAGCAGCUUCAGAUGGGUUUGCAUCGUUGUCAUCUCCGUCAAUGUGUCAGUCUCUUGGCAAAGAUUAUGGUACACCAGUGAAUCAGAAUAAAGGUCCAUUCCCCACAUUACCAGACAGAACAAACUUUUCAGUUGGUAUUCAAGAUCACAUACCAUUUGAGAACCUGCCUCAGUCCACUGGUACCUACAACCGAAUGAGACAAGUUUUCCAAAAAAUCAAGUCCAGAAACAAGUCAUGAUCUCUUGAUAAUUCCAUUCUUUUAUAGAUUUUUAUGAAUUCAGUUUAAUUUUUUUCAUCCUGCUUUUGUUCUCCAUACAUUCACAUGUGUCUAGAUAUAUUCUCUUGUAUCUAGAUAUAUGCCAUGUCUCUACUUAUGUGACAUAUAUCUUGAUAUAUUUUUAAGUCCAUUCUUCUCUCCCUCCCAGUUUUUAAAUUUUUAUUUUGUUUAUGAGAUUUUUUUUCAUUGAUUCAUUGUGUUCGGCUUUAGAGCUGAUCACAAGAAAUAUUCACAAUCUCAUUCUGUUCAUUAAUAGUUAUAACUCAUUGCAGACAUUUGGACAAAUCAUAUUAGAUGAAUUCAAUUACCUUUCAAUUUUUUAAAAUUUUAAUGUUUUUUACUUGAAGUGAUGGCCAAGUUAUUUGCAUUUGUAUAUGUAUAUGUGUAAAUAGUUGUGUGUGGGUGUGUGUGUGGAAAUUGGAUCAUUCAUUUUAUGUAGGAGAGAAACACAUGAUUUUUUUUUUUUUGUAAAUUGUUUCAGACAAAUUCAAGGUGAUAUAUUUUAUAAAUUUAAUAUUAAUCUUUAAAUCUGCAUAUUUGUGCAUCUUCUGUGCAGACACUGGAAUUGCAUUGCCUCAUAUCAUUUCAAGCAGAGACAUAAGAUGAAUAAACCAAUCUCCAUGUUGACAAAGGAAAUCCACCCAAAAAGUCAAUCACCAAGCAGCAUCUUAAUUUGUCACAUGUUGGUUAUGACAUUUUCAAAAUCAACGAUGGGUGGGAUAUAAAUAUGAGAACUAUGUGUUGCUCAGCUCACCCUCUGGGCACACUAACACACAGGAUGGCUGAAAUUGAAAUUUUCUGAAAUAUUCAAAUGCUUGUGUGUUUGUGAGUGCAUUUGUAAAUACAGGAUUGAAUUUUUGGACUCAAGUUCACAUCAACUAAAUUUCCUUCAUAACUCUGUCCAUCUCAACAGUAAAACUUUAUCAAAGAAAUUUUUUUUCCAAUCUAGAAUACAAUUCAGGAGGGUUUUGUUUUUACUGAUUUUGUCUAAACUUUGUUGUUCAUGUAAACUAUCUAAGCAUUUUCAUUACAUCUGGUGAUCGACAUUUUAUUUCUGAUUCGAUAAUCACCACUACACCUUA